AUGGAGACUUGUCGUGAUGUUACAAUUCUUUGGUUGAGAAACAGAGUACUCUUUCCAGUAGAGAGUUUCGCGAAUAGGAACAGUUCAUAUGGAUUUUGUACUGCAAUGAAUAAGCAUUUAGUGAAUCUAACAAAGCAAAUAUCAGCUUACGCCAAGAAGGGGGACAUGGGACAUGCAAGAGUACUGUUCGAUGAAAUGGGUCACAGAGACACCGUUUCUUGGAAUGUUAUGAUCAAGUCGUAUAUAGAAAACAACAGACUAGAUGAUGCAAGAGAACUGUUCGACGAAAUGCCUGAGAGAACCUCAUAUUCUUGGAAUUCAAUGAUUACGGGUUACAAAAAAGAUAGCAAGCUCUACGCUGCAUUGAAGCUCUUUAUUACAGUUAUGCCGGAGAAAGGUGUUGUGAGCUGGACAUCUAUCAUCACCGGGAUGUGCCGGGUAUCAAGAGUUGACGAGGCGUGGUGGUUGUUUAAGCAAAUGCCAGAAGCUAAUUCGGUUUCUUGGUCCUCAAUUGUCUCAGGGUUUCAACAAAAUGGAUUUCCCGAGAAAAGUUUACAUGCGUUCAAGGAAAUAAUUUAUGGCAAUCUGGAUCUGGGAAUUUAUGCGGCGGAUCAGAUAUUGAAACUUGAUUUACCCUACAAUUCCAGUGCAUGGUUGAUGGUUAUUGACAUGCAUUCUUUGGCUGGGAAAUGGAAGGAGGUUGCAGAGAUGAGGAGGCAUAUGCAGAGGGAAAGAGAAAGCAAAAAAGAGUUGGGUUCUAGCUUCAUUGAUGUUAAGGGGAAGAUUCAUUUGUUUACAACAGGUGAUGAUUCUCAUCCUCAGACAGAUUGCAUUUACCCAGUCAUUGAUUUGUUAUCUUAUGAAGCAGUUGAAUGCUUCAACAUUUGUGAUGGAAACUUUAGCUAA